AUGGCGUCUCCCGCAGUAUCCGUUGUCUGCGUGGGCAUGGCGGGAUCCGGAAAGACAACAUUCAUGCAACGAAUCAACUCUCAUCUCCACUCCAAAGAAAAAGUACCCUAUGUACUCAAUCUUGACCCCGCCGUGCACUCUGUGCCUUUCGACAGCAACAUCGAUAUCCGGGAUUCGAUCAACUACAAAGAAGUCAUGAAGCAAUACAACCUUGGACCUAACGGCGGAAUUCUCACAUCCCUCAACCUCUUCGCCACUAAAGUCGAUCAAAUCAUUGCCCUCCUGGAAAAGCGCACUGCUCCCAACCCCGAGAACCCCGCCGCAAAGCAAAUUGAACAUAUCCUAGUCGACACACCCGGUCAGAUCGAAGUGUUUGUCUGGAGCGCUUCUGGAAGCAUUCUUUUGGAAACACUUGCAUCCUCUUUCCCCACUGUUAUCGCAUACAUCAUCGAUACCCCUCGUGCCAGCUCGACUAGCACCUUCAUGAGUAACAUGCUCUACGCCUGCAGUAUCCUCUACAAGACUAAGCUUCCAAUGAUCUUGGUAUUCAACAAGACUGAUGUUAAGGACGCUGAAUUCGCAAAGGAAUGGAUGACUGAUUUCGAUAAGUUCCAAGAAGCCUUACGGGCUGAGGAAGAAAAUGGCGCCUUCGGAUCAGAGGGUGGCGUCGGCGGCUUCGGUGGUGGAAGUGGAUACAUGGGAUCAUUGCUGAACAGUAUGAGCUUGAUGCUAGAAGAGUUCUACCGCCACCUUAGCGUGGUCGGCGUGAGUUCUAUGACGGGCGAUGGUGUCGACGAGUUCUUUGAAGCCGUUGAGACUAAGCGACAAGAGUUCGAGCGCGACUACAAGCCUGAGCUUGAGCGUAAAAGGAAGGAGAACGAGGAAAGCAAGGACUCGCGGCGGGAGAUGGAGCUUGGAAAGCUGAUGAAGGACAUGAAUGUCUCCGGGUCAAGCCGCACACGAAACGGUGGUCACGAUGAGCCAGAGACUGUCAGUGAGGCGGAGGAUGAAGAGGAUGAUAUUAUCAAGCGAGGAUUAGCAGAUGGUGAGGAUGACAGCGAAGAGGAAUACGCUGGCCCCCAUGCUGGUGACGAUGAUGAUGGCCUCUCCAAUCGUUACCAGCAAGCUCUGUCUGGGUCCCAGUCUGCCCCCACGGACCAGGAUAACAGUUUCACGAGGUACUUGCGCGCAAGCCAAAUUAAUCAAUGA